CGUCAGCUCGCGUUCUGUCGGUGAGGACAAAGUUUCGCGCCAUGGAUGCCGAAAAUACUGAAUUAUUUUUGCAUUAUAUUCGAGAUUAUCCCGUAUUAUACGCAAUUGGACACGCAGAUUAUAAAAAUACGUACAAAAAAGAGGUAGCAUGGAGAAAACUUCAAGAAAAGACUCGGAUAGAUGUUAAAACUAUGAAAAAUAAAUGGAGAAACCUAAGGGACACUUAUAAAAAAUAUAAACAGGGUCAGCAAACAAGCAGUGGACAAGCCGCGAAGAAGCUUGCUAAUUGGCAAUGGGCUGAACAGAUGUCGUUCAUAGAUUCAUCCACAAACUUGAGACAAACUGAAAGUACACUGGAUACCAGUACUAUAUCUAUAAAGAAUGAAUAUGAAAAUUCUACAGAAGCCGAACAGGUUUCAAAUAAUGAACAGAACGAGCUCGUCGUUCAAGAACUGGAGACAGCAUGGUCUACAGAUGAAACUACAGCUGAAACUGCAACUGAAGUAUCUCGGAGAAGACGACGCAGUGUAAGCAACGACGAUCCUGCUGAGAAGAUUAUAAAAAAGACUCGGAAAUCGGGUACUACGGACAGAAACGCUACAGAAAAUCUUGUCAAUAUACCGUGUGAUCGAAUGGACAUGGAUUUUUUAGGUUAUGCCCAUACUGUAAAGAAAUUUUCUCUACGAAAGCAAGCUACUAUUAAACUGCAAAUAACACAAAUUAUAACUGAGGCUCAACUUGAAGAAUUGAAUAAUAGCCGGCCAAAUUCUAAUUCCAGCAAUGCUUAAUCAUCUAGUACUCCCAAUUUUUACUACUUCGUUAACGACUGGAACAUUUCAAGAUCGACACCAUCUGAAGAACUGCAAACACAUUCCAUCUCAGACCCUCAAAACGUUUCAACUGCACAGAUACACAUAGGUACCUAAUACUGAAACACAUUCUAUCCCAGACACUCAAAACGAUUUAACUCCUACACUGAUACAUAUACCCAGUGGCAGAAGAAUUACACACACCCAAGUAUCACGACAACAAAAAAACGAGAACACAACACGACAUCAAAAAAUAUACAUAAAUUUCUUUGUAAUUGGAAUGAACCGUGAACAAAUACUUAAACAUUACCUAUAACUUAUAAGUAAUAAAUUUUCUUACCUUACAAACAAA